AUGCAUGGCUGCAAAUACCCCAAUCUAGAAGGAGUCAGGAAGGAGCAAGGAAGUGGAAAGGGAGGUCUUGUGAUCACUGGGUUCUCUCUCCCUCCCCUCUGUCACAGGCAUGGUGAUUUGACUCCUGAGGAGAGAUCCCUGCCACACCAGAAGGAACCAGAGCCCACUAGGCUUCCCCCGAUUAUCUCAAAAGAUGGGAAUUAUUUUGUGCACCAGAAUAGCCACACAAGAUACCAUGAAGCUGUUAGGAAGGUGUUGCUGAAGACAUUUCCCAAUCAGGUCUUCAGAGUCCCCUUGACUGAUGCUCAGAACUUCAGCUUCUGGCGUUCCCAUGAUCCAGGAGUACGUCCAGAGGAAACCACGCCAUGGAUCCGGGGCCCACGACACUGUCUCAUAAAAAGCGCGAUGACCAGGUUUAUGGAUCACUCUAUUCUCAAUGACAGAACCUUCAGUCUGUAUUAAUAAGAUACAACUGCAGAAAGACAAGAUGAAUUGUGGAGUUUAAAGAGAAGGAAAGAAGGAGGUUUCCCAGUUCUGAUGGCUGAUGAAUGGGAGGAGGUGGUGGAGAAAGCAGAGUAAACAGAUUGGACUAAAA